AUGAUCCCGAGGAGGCUACCGCGGUGUAAAAAUGUAUGGAAGAGGUAUUUCAGCAGAACGCCAGCACAAAGAGAGAUCCUCGAUGCCGAUAGUCUCCCAGAUAGAAUUAUCCCCAGAUAUCAAGCAACUCCCAACAGCGACCUCCUCUCCCUAAUAUGGCCGUCGCCCCCUCGAAACGUCCUUGUCAUCAAGAAGAAGGAAGCUCCCUUAGCAACAGCCUCUCUCCUCGAAUACGCAAAACACAUCAACUCCAACUACGACCAUGUCUCUUUCAUCCUCGAGCCAGCAGUCGCGGCACAGCUGCACGAAAAACUCCCGUUCCCAGUCUUCACGACCAGCACUCCGGGAGAUCUUGUCCAAAAGGUGGACAUGACAACAACCCUUGGUGGAGACGGCACAAUCUUACACGCUUCCUCGCUCUUCAGUACAGAACUCCAUGUUCCCCCUAUCUUGUCGUUUAGUAUGGGCACGUUGGGGUUCCUGGGCGAGUGGAAAUUCUCUGAGUACAAGAGGGCGUUCAGGGAAGUCUACAUGUCAGGCGCAGGUACCGGAUCCCCCCUCUUGCAAGACCAGAAACACCCGCAUCUCGAAGGUGUCACCCCUUUCGCCGGGGAUGGCGUGACCGGCUGGUCGAGUGUGAGAGGGAAAUCCAUGGGCCCAUCACGCAGCUCUAAAGUACUCCUGCGGAACCGUUUGAAGGUUGGUGUCUUCGACGCAAAUGGAGACAGGGUGCUCGAAGAAGAUAGCGCAGUAAGUGCAGUGGGAGAUGUACACGCCAUGAACGAAGUCAUCAUCCACCGAGGAAAAGAAGCGCAUCUGGCCAUCAUCGAAGUCUUUGUCGGGGGACGGUUCCUGACAGAAGCUGUGGCGGAUGGGAUGAUCAUUUCUACCCCUACAGGGAGCACGGCGUAUAGCUUGAGUUCUGGGGGGAGCAUCAUCCACCCGCUAGUUAGCAGUCUCAUGUUGACGCCAAUUUGUCCGCGGAGUCUGUCAUUCAGACCGUUGGUUCUUCCCGCUAAUACCCCGAUCACGCUGCGGCUCAGUGAGAAGAAUCGGGGUAGGGAGCUGGAAGUCAGCAUUGACGGCAGAAGACGGAGUAUUGGCGUAGGCGUGGGCAUGGAAAUUAGAGUCAACGGCGAAGAUAUCGUGAAAGGAAAGGAAUGGGUUGGCGGCGUCCCCUGUGUGAUGCGAGGUGCCAAGAGCGGUAACGAAGAUGACGAUGGCUGGGUAGGAGGUUUGAACGGGCUGUUGAAGUUCAAUUAUCCGUUUGGGGGCGAAGAGUAG